AUGAAUGAACUGGAAGACGAUGGUGUCCGGACUAGCGAUGGCCAGCGAUGCAGCCAUGGUACUGAUCUAGAGCAUAGUCAGGUAUCUGGCGAGAAGAUUCAAUCGCCUGGGAGCGAAAUGCAUCUGCCGAUGUCACCGGAAAAUAAAGCAGAGAUGAACGAACUCUGCAAUGGCAUCACGACUAUUGAUAUCAAUGCAAAACCAGUCACAGAGGAUGCUUCAAACGCUGUGCCCAAGACCCAACAGGCAACAAAUGAGGUCAGCUUAUGA